AUGAGAAGUGAGUGGAGAAAACGGAGCAUUUGAGUCUCUCAUGCUGUCACAUCUCAAGCAAAGUGUAUCCAUCCGGGGUCUAGAAAGUAAGAUCUCUCUCUGUUUCUCUCCCUCCUUCCUUCUCUCUCUCUCCUUCCCUCCAUCCUGACCAACUCCCCCUCUCUUUGCUGUGGUCAGACAGACAGAUGAGUUUUUCCAGCCAGCCAGCAGACACAUGUGGAAGCUGCUGCUGCCCUCCCUGCGGAGAGCUGGGUAGACGAUCCUGGAGCCAGACUGCAGCAGCAUGCCCCCUAACCGGCUCUGAACUGUCCACCUUUGCCCAUCCCUCUACAAUCCUGUCGCUCCACUUUGUGAAGAUGUAGUCUGUUGGAUCUCCAUGGAGAUGUCUCCAAACACCGUCUCCUCUGUCUUGUUCCCAUGGUCACUUUGGCUGCUGUUCUUCCUGACCCCCGUCACCCGGACAACCAGCUCCACCCCCUCCUCUGAAGCUCCUCCGCCGGCCAAUACUACGCUGCUGUUUGACAGUGGCACCAGCCUGCGGAACUGCAGCUGCUCCGCGGUGCUGCGGGACUGUGACGAGGCUCUGGCCAACUCGCUGUGCAGGUGCCACACGGCCCUCCGCUCCGCCCUCCCCCCCGCAGGCCUCACAGAGCCCGGGACCCUCACCGUGUGGGUGAAGGAACUCUGGGUCCUGGAGGAGCUUCUGAACAGCAGCAGGGUCGGCCAUUUGCGGUUGUCUUUUUGUGGAAUAAAACCAAUGGACAGUCAGUACCUGGCUCUGCUGGAUCUGCAGACCCUCAGGAUCCACAGCGCAGUCCCAGAGGCCCCCUACCCCCACCAGGAGAUGACCAUCUCCCCAGCAGCGGGGCUUGCGAUGGAGAUAGAAACCCUCACCUUUGACAUCUCCUCCUCCCUCCGCGUGACCUUUCUGGAUGUAGCAGUUCUCAACGGGCUCUCUGCCCUGAAGGCGUACAGUGUUUUGGGACCACCUGCUCAAACCCUCCCCCAGCACUUCCCCCACCUGGCCUUACCCCUUGCUCUGCCAUCCACUGAUACUCCUGGUGACCCUACAGACCCCAGUGAGCAGGUCUCAGAGCCUCCACUGCUUUUUACGUUUGUCUACUAACAACAACAAGCUCCUAUCACUGAAAAAACUGAAGCGUUGACUUUAAUUAAAUGUAUUAUGUCAACAAUUUACACACGUGUAUUAGGUUAAUUAAACGUAAUAAUAUUAUGUUUAAAUAAAAGUAUUAGGUUCAACCUUAUAUUAUUGCUUACACAUAACCUUAUUCAGUUAUGUGUAAUUUGUUGACAUUUCAGUUCAGUUUCUUCAGUGUAUUCAGGCCCAUGCAUGCAGUACAAGGGACAACUGGUGCGCAGGAGUUACUACAUAGCUGGAUGUACUGUAGGAGAAGUUGCACAUGUGGAAUAUAAGACCCUUUUGGGUGACAGGCUGCUGUACUGGGGAGCCUAAGUACUCCAGGAUUCUCACAUGUUUGCUUCCCACCCCUGAAAGAUAAUGCAGACAAACACACAAACACAAGGUUUGGGAACGUUAACAGAAGCUACCGAGUCAUGCCUUUCUUUAGAAUAUUGUUGGUAUCCUUAUACAACAUAAAUAAUGUUGAAGCUGUAACGGCCUUGAUUCUCACGUCUAUCUAUGCGAUGCUUUACUUGUGCUAAUGUUUUGGAACUGCAGCUCAUAUUUGGGUGUAGAUACAUGGUGUGUUUACAUGCGGAAAUAUUAUCAUGUAAGCACAAUAUCCAUGCUUAACAAUUUACUAAUGCUUCAUGGAUCAUACUGUAGGGCUGUGAGCUGAGAAAGAGGGAAUUACAAUUUGAAUAUUUCUUCCCAUGUCCACAUUCAUGGCAGGAAGAAGACAUAAGCCCGUUUUUAAGUAAGUGAGUUUUGGGUUGCCAGGUUGUGAAAAAAUAUUGGUAUUUUACUUUCUAAUAAGCAAAAUAAAGUGAAUUAUAAAAAAGUCAGUCGAUAAUUACUUAAUUAAAUUAUUUACGUUUAAAUUAAAUGGUUAUAACAUUGACACUCUUUAUAGACAAAGUAAUUUAAGCAACUUGGCAACUUCUGAUUAUAAUGGCUGUUAAGUUAUCAUAAAGCAUUAGUCAAUCAUUUGUUAACCAUUUGUAAAGGCAAAGAUAGUAACUAGAAAAAGUUUUGUUUUUUACUAGAAAAAGUAAAAACCCUUUAAAAGUUUGCCUUACUAGGAGGUACCCAAAUAUGUUUAUGCGGAGGAAUGAGUUCAUGGAAAAAAGCUUAUACAAGAACAAGCUGUUAACAUGGUUCACUAUUAGAGCUAAUGUUGGAUCUCAUCAAACCUUCUUAUAAUCUCAAUAAGAGCUUACAUUUUUAAGCUCUUAAAUCGAGUGUUAGCAGCUUAUCUGCAGAUGUUCUCGUAAAUACUACUCUCCGUGUUCACUCUGACAAUAGGACGCCACACAGGCCAUGGGUUACGCCUGACAUUAUAACACAAGUUAUUAUGGAGGUCACAUCACUGCGUGUCCACAUCUGGCCUUGAACAUUUUCUUUCCAACUGCCAAUUUUCACAUUAGAUCCGGAACACUUGACAGUAUUGUGAGCUCAAGCUGGUUUUGUAGCCCAGCUUUCAAGUGUUGAUCCGAUGACACCCAGCAGGUGAACAUGUGACAAGUGUAACCACAGUGUAGCUACAACUGUCCAGAUGGAAUCAUACACCACAACAAUAAUAUCCACAGGGUGAGAUGUUCAAGACCCCACUAACAGCUGCCAAUAUUAUGUUAGCUCCUCGCCAAUCUAGGUGUAGUCAGAUAUAUCAAGGCAGAAGGAUUGCAUGGACAGUAGGGUGCAGUUGUUUCUGAUUGAUAUGAAGGCAGUUGAUGAGUGAAAAGAGAAACUUGAAUAUAUCAGUGGAGAAACUGAAAAAUUAAUGAUUUUUUCCUACAGGAUACAAGGGCUUACUCAAUGGUUCCAUGAGUCUGAAAAUGAUGUAUGGGUGUGUACACCACCAUCAUCAAGUGUUCCUCCCCCAGUGCAUUGUAGUUUGAUGUGAAUGAUGAGAAGCCUGUCCCAGGCUAAUUGAUUUGAUGUAUUAAUGAGGUUUUAAUCCCAAAAGUGAAGCAAAUUUUUCUCGAAUCGCGCCCGAACAUUGAACAUUUGCCACUUGGUCGAUGAGUUAGUUUGACGCUGACAUCAUGACGUUGUUUGAUCAGAAAUUAAGGAACGCUGUGUUGGCUAUCAUCAAUAAAUAAUCAUAAACGCCCCACAUGUGGAUGAGUUAACACGAUUUUAAAGUAACAUGGCGUGUAUAACAGUAACAUGGCCGCUGCAUUUAUUCCUUAUUUAGAUGACUUAAUUUUUAGUGUUGGCGAAGAGGCUACAUUGUUAACAUAGACCUGAUCGAGCUCCAUUGAGAAAACAAGUGUUUUAAAAACGGUUUGCUUGGCGUCUUGCGGACGGAAAUAAAGUCAGAACCCUUCAAAUCUGCAUCAUAUAGUUUCAACAUACUUAAAUCUGUGCAAAUGUAUUGCAAUAAAAUCACAUCAAAAUUGGGUUAGCUUUGGUUCAAACUGCUGUAGUAAUUCAGAUAAGCUUGUUAGCAAUACAUACCGCGGUCAAACUUGUGUUGCUCUGAAACGUUGGUUUGAAGACAGCAUAACACAAGGACAAAGACUGUUAAUAAGAACCAUUUUCGCAGGACAAUGGUUUUUACAAAGUAACGGAGUCCGAGGUUUAAUGCAGCCCUGGAUUAAAGAAUGUUUAUCCAACUGGAUGAAAGCCAUGCCAUAUUUGGUAAAUUGUAAAGGGUUUAUAGAUGUCUGCGUUGUAUCUACAGUUCUAAUUUGCAACAUGUGGCGGGUCUUGUAGUUCACCUUCAUGUCAGACUGCUGUACGCUGCAGUCUCAAUAAAUGACUUGCUGUGGGGAAAGGAGAAAGCUAAAGAACAAAUGCAUGCCUCAGGGAUCAAUAGAGCACAAUAAAAAACAAGAUGUUUUGUGGCAGCUGAUUCCAGUGAACACUGGCUGGAACCUGUCCAAACAAUCCAGUGUGGGGUCAGCCUGUGCACCGGGGCUGGAGGAUAUCUUCAGUCGGGAAGGGAGCUCUAAAAGUGGUUUUACUUUGUUAAAGAUAUAUAUUUAAAGUAAAUUAUAGUCUAACUGUCUUUUGUCCAGAUUAGGACAGCUGUCCGGGGCAAAAACAUAGAAGAUAGUAUAAGUAAACAGAAAAAUGGAGGACAAGGACUGUGUCAGUCUGCUGUUGUAUGAGGAGGCGCAGUAGGCUGCUGCGUUUUCCCAGCUGCUCUUAUUGAGUGCAGAUGGCUUAAUAAAACAAGUUGUUUUGUAACAGGUUAGAAUGGACGGCCAAUUAACAAGAUUGUUAGGACCCUAUGUCACCAGGCAACUAUUAGCACUGUGUUUGGAUCAGGACAAUGACUCUGUUUAGUUGAUUGAGUUAUGCGCUUAUCAGCAAGCUAAGAGCCAAGAUGGCUGCUCUCUUUAAGGAUAGAGCAGGAAGGGAGAGAGAAGGCGUCACUCUGAAUUUCCCUGAACUUCCUCAGUGGUCUGCGUUUUGUCUCUGGAUAGUAUUUGCAGUCACUUACGCUGAAUGUGAGAGGGAUUACAGGACAGUUUGGAAAAAAAGAAGUCAAGGUUGUUUCAUGCUUUCGUCUGCUCUCUGGUUCCAGCUCAUAUCCUGUGAGAGACUUGCUUAAAGCUGCUCUCACAAACACAAUCCAGAUUCCAGGGCCAACACUUCUGUUCCGCAGAUCAUUCAAUCACCCGUGUGUGUGUGUGUGUGUGUGUGUGUGUGUGUGUGUGUGUGUGUGUGUGUGUGUGUGUGUGUGUGUGUGUGUGUGUGUGUGUGUGUGUGUGUGUGUGUGUGUGUGCAAUUGAAGCAACAUGGGUGUGUGUUAUCUCCUUUUUGCCAACAUCACAGUGAAUUGGGUUUAAUUCAACAUCACAGUGAUACAUUCACAGAUAGAAUGUGUGCAGUACACAGUUGCUCAAAAGACUCACGGUGUAUAACUUAAUAACUCCAUAGUUUUCUAUAUUUAGGGGAUCAACUCAUUCAAAGAGUUUUAAAACAGCUUCAUGAUGCAAACAUUUGAAGAAAAAGAAAGGAAAAUAGAUACUUGCCCAGUUACUCCCAGAGGAACAGGGAUUAAACACUGUGUCAGGAUUUUGCACCAUGUUGAGUGCCUCUAAUUUAUAUACCAAGAAAAAUUUGGUAAUUAGAACAAAUCAAAACAGUGCUACUUUAGAUGCGUUAAAACUUACAUUGCAUAUUUUACAUUAGCCAUAAGUCUGUUGUCGCUACUGCAACUAUUGAUUCUAAAAUUCCAUUUCAACCUGAUUUUUAUUUUUCAGUUAUUUAGUUUUGUAUUUUUAUGUCAAAUGUAAGUCCUAUACUAUCUAUUAUGUUAGCUCUGUUCAGCUGCUUACUGCUCCACUUUGUUUACCCUCUUGUCUCUAACUGUGUCUGUCUGCUGCUUAAUGCUGAGCAUACUCUGUCCAGUGGCCUUUUACUGAAAACAGCUCACUUAAGGCAGAAUGGAACUGCAAAGGCACAUUAGUGGCCUCCAUCAUGCUGUGUAAAUCACCUUCUUCUAUGAUACUUACCAUUAUUUGAGCUUAUACUGAUCUUUUCACCUAUUUACAAUUAUUUAAAGACUUUACUGUCUUUAUUUAGUUUUGUGUAUACUUUAUUUUUUCCUGCCGUGUUAUUUGUUAAAGCUGCACACUUGCAACAUUUGCACUUCUUACUGCUUCUUUCCACUUCAUGGUAAGGCUCUCUUUUGGUACCUGGGGCUUUUAUUGAUUUUGUGUUCAACUGCAGACACUACCACCCUCUGCACUGUCAACAAGACACUUGCAGAAUCCUUUCAUUAGCAACCAAAACAGAGGUCCUUCCUGAAUUGUAUGGAUAAUAUCAUUACUACAUGUUUGUUUCCUGUGACAAUUCUCUAUGAUUGAUCAGUGGUCCACCCCUGUUUUUUUGGCUAACCUCGCUUCGGACCUCCACCAUGGUGUUCCCAAAGAAAGUAUAAACAACUUUUGCAAAUGGAAACCAAACAGUGCCAGUGGAGCUGAUUAGAGCCCUAGCGGCUGUGCCAUGCAGUGGAAAUGUGGCAUUACUGUUUCUUUAACACUUGUGUAUGGAAACAGGAUGAUGACUAUACUGCCUGGGCCUGGAAGUUUUACCAUGCCCCUUUUCUGAAACAAUACUUAACCGUGGCUCUUUCUUUGUUGAAUGGAAACACAUUUCAUUAUGCAACAGGCAAAAAUGAAUGCCUUUGUAACUGCGAUGAUUACCAUCUGGAAAUAAUACAGCCAGAGCAUGGCAAGUUGCUCAGUAAAGAGGAGUUGGUACUGAAAGGCGUUCCAGACACCUUUUUGUUGCCUUUGCGCCAACAUUUAACAGCCAGUGUUCAGCAGAGGAACAGACAGGGAGUUCACCCACCCAUAACAUUAUUGCUCUUACCGAGAAAUCCGCAUUUAGUCACUCCCAUCUGGUGAACGGGGUGAUUACACACCUAUUAAUGCUUUUCAGACAGGAUUGUCAGAGCAGGCCAUGAGACUUGGUGCUCAUGCUCCCUUCAGCACAGCAUUAAAACGUCUGGAACAUUCCACCACAAAAUGAUUGAAAAUGAGAUCACUGGGUUUUUUGGGUUUGACAUCACUCUUUUGUGUUGGAGCCUCGACCUCCUUUUCUUUCUCUUUCUUUUUUUCUCUGUCUUAAUCUUCAUCACCGCACCUUAAGUAAUGCAUCAGGGAAUGUAAUUAUUCAAAUGUAAAACACAGAUUUGUAAUGUGUAAGCCAAGGCUAAUGCGCCUUAGGUUGGAACACAUGACAGCAGAUCUGCAUUUGUACAACUGUUGACAUGUUGAGUGAAUCGUGUACUGUUUUAAGAACGGCUUGUGUAUUUAGGACUGGCUUGAGAGGUUUGAUUUGUAUAUAAUUUGGCUUAUUUAAGAAGAUUCCAGGAGCUAAUUUGUUUAUCAUGAAAGACGAUGUGGAUUGUUCAUUUUGCCCACACACUUUGUCCCUCUGUAUAGCCUGAGAAAAUAAAAUACUUUUUUUGGUU